AUGCUUAACAUCUACUGCAACCCAAGGGACCUUUUAGAUAAGGCGCCCUACAACCCUGAAAGCAAACGCAUACUUCACGGUGUCAAUGAAGAAUGCCUAUCCCAAAUGUCCAAACUACUCAACGCGCUGGCACAGACUAUCAUGGACCUAAUUCUCUAUCGUUUAUUGUACAGGUGCGUCACCGGUAAAGUACACGCGGCUUUCCAAGCUACUCUACAGGAAGUUUUCUUUGCUGCCACAAAAGCCAAGCUGCCGUGCAUCACUGCAGCUAUCUGGGAAAGUAUGCAGCUCAAAACAACAUCUGUAAGCAUGUUACUGCAUAUUGUACCUACAGAGGGAGCCAUCAUUCAAUGGUAUGCACUCUCAGAGUCGUUCACAGCCACUGUUCGGAUGAAUCCAAAGGGUUGCAGCUGGGUCACCAUUGCUUUAGCAAAGGUCGACUGA